CCUACGAAUAUUUUCAACAACGUAGAACAAGAACUUAAUUCCUCCACACAAUUUUCAUAUUCUGCAGCAUUAUCCUUUCCCACAGACUGAGAAAUGGACUCAUCCAGCUUGAAAAAUUGCUCGCAAGAAAACGAGGCCGAUCGCGUGCACGAGCUGAACGCUUUCGAGGCCACAAAAGCCGGCGUGAAGGGGCUCACCGACUCCGGCGUCCAGAAGGUUCCGAGAAUGUUCAUCAGGCCAGCCGACGAGCUCGUCGAGGAGCGCAACCGGAGCCGCUCCCCGCUGCAAGCUCCGGUGAUAGACCUCGGCCGGAUCGGGGAGGGCGAGGGGCGGGAGAAGGUCGUGAGCGAGGUGAGAUGGGCGUCGAAGGAGCUCGGGAUCUUCCAGAUCGUGAACCACGGGGUGGCCGUGGAGGUCAUGGACGCGAUGAUCGACGGCGUGAGGAAGUUUCACGAGCAAGAUGCGGAGGCGAAGAAGCAGUUCCACACGCGCGACGCCAUGCGCAAGGUGAUGUACGCGAGCAACGUCGAUCUGUACAAGUCGCGCGCCGCGAAUUGGAGGGACACGUUCUCGGUCGCGCUCAUGGGUUCCGACAGCGUUGAGCCGGAAGAGUUGCCGGAGAUUUGCAGGUUGGUGUAUCGUUUUCUCAUUAUCCAUGCAUACUCCAUUUAUAGUAAUAAUUCUCUCACUAAACAUCACAAUCAAUGUGAGACUAUUUCUCCACUCACACUACACUUUACAGGAUUUCUUAAAAGCCGUGUCGUCUCAUACUAUGCAUGUUUUUAUGGGACGGAAGGAGAUAACUUGUUCAAUUUUAUGUUUUUUGUAAGGAUCCUAACACCCAUGAAUGUUAUGAAUGAUUUGCAGAUUGUGACAAAUGAUGAGUUCAUAAGCCCAAUUCAUAGAGUUCACGCAAAUCGGGCCGGGCCAAGAAUCUCGGUUGCGGGCUUUUUCACCGGUGAUGCUAUUUCAGGGACAAUAUACGGCCCGAUCAAAGAGUUGGCAUCAAAGAACAGUGGGGCUCGAUACAAAGAGUUCACAGUGGGAGAGUACAUGUCCAAGUUUUUAGAGCGGCCAAUUGAUAAAUCUGGUCUUGAUGAAUGGAGAUUGCAAGAUGAAGACAAUGUCUAAAUUAUGCUAUAUAUUUAUCUCUUGUGGUGAUAUACGUUGUGAUUUACUCUUAAUUACUUCAAUAAUGAUAAUAAUGUAAUAAUAAUGGAAGAUUUGUUCGAUAGAUCACUCUUUCAGUCAAAUGUAAUAAUAAUCAUGAUAAUGUAAUAAUAUAUGAUUUCCUUUGUAAGA